CUCAUAGCUGUCUGUGUCCAUGAAGCAUCACACGCCCUCAGCCAGUCGAACACUCCAAGUACAUCUGGAGGAUCUGAGAGUGAGAUGUUUUGUCUCUAAGAGGAAAGAAAAGAAACGAAACAAUCACUUGGUUCUUUGAAUGUCUUCGAUGACUCGGGUGUUUAGGCUGAACGCAGGUGAGAUUUCGUUACUAAAUCUCGGCUGCUGCUGCUGCUGCUCGUCUUUGCUUUGAUCAACCGGUCAAUGCAAGAACACACUGCCUGGUCCUCGCCGGUCAAUCAUCAGGUCAGUCACGACUGACCCAUGGAGGACGAAACAGAUAGCCCGAGAGCUGUGAAGGUGGAGGAGCAUUCGCGCUGUGUCAUCCUGACUUACUUCCAGGGCGACAUAAACACCAUGGUGGACGCUCACUUCACCCGUGCUCUCAGUAAAGUCUGCAAGGCCAAGGCUCCUGUAGCAAAGACAAAGAGAAUCCGUAAAACUGUCAAAAUUGAGGACACCAACUCUUGUCAGUCCAGUGCUCUUGACACAUACACAGAGUCACAGGCGGCUCCAGGACCAGGUCGUCUCCUGACGUUUGGCCCUGCAGAAGAUGCCCCCUCUGGGUCGUGGCACUCGUUCCCCACCAGGGCGGUUGACGGCCCAGGUUUGCCGUCCAUUGCGUACUCCCUGUCCACAGAAGGGCUGAGCCUCACUGGACAGCAAUAUGCCACGUCUCUGCUCAACCUGCUGCACAGUGACAGGAGUGAGAUGGGACCCAGCAUGGCCUCCAGCUCCAAGCCAGAACUGCUUCCCAGCUGGACGGUGCCCCCUGGGUUCAGAGAGUCUGUGGAUCCUGCUGUCGGAUUUGAACCUGAACGCCAUCUGGACAAGAAGGAUUUAUACUGGUAUUGAAGAGAGAGCAACUGGAGUAGCAGAGACAGAGAAUGGUUUCCACCACACGAGACAAAUCACAUUACAACAGCGGGCUUGAGAGUCAAAUGAGAACUGAUGAGGGAGAAAUCUGUCUCUCUCUCCAUUUGUUGGAGGAAUGACCUCAGCACCUCAGCAUGUAACUAACUGGAACAACCUUCUGAAAGAAGGUUUUGACAAACCUGUUCUUCGACUCUGUCAUUCCUCUUGUACUCAGAGCGCUGUCUAUGUUGUUGCUCUCUUUUGCGGUGGAGUUGGAUAAAGGGCAUUUUCUUGUAUCUCACCGGGCACUUCACUUCUGUUAGUGGACCUACACCAGCAACUAGACCAGUAUUACGUAAUAACAUUGUGAACCUCUUUAAAAUGAAUAAAUUGUGAUGUUAAUAUCUG